CUGCUGCUAGCUAACAGUCUCUUUACAGCGGCCUCAAUUUGUUGGUGUUCGUUAAAACCGUUGAAAGUAUCAAAUAAAAUUCGUGUGACAAAAGGAGAUAAUAAUUAAUUGUGUAGUUUGUCGCGUAAAUUAACGCCAGCAAAAUGUAUUUUUUGGCAGUGCUAGCGUUUAUUGGAAAUGCCAAAGAUACCAAUGCGGUGAGCUCGAGCCUUAUACAAGGCGGCGGCCACUGCCGCGAUUACAAUGGCAAGUUGUAUGAGACGGGCAUGCAUUAUAUGCCUGGACCCGACUCUUGCCGCUUGUGCAUCUGCGACAGCGGAUUACCCAAGGCAUGCAAAAUGGUAUUGUGCGAGGCGUUUAGCAAAUGCAAAUCGUUUCAAACCGUUGGCAGCGGCAACAAUUGCUGUGAGGUGAUCUGUUUGGACGACCAGUUUAGCGAUGGCAGCACCGACUUUGGCAUUUGACUAGUGGCCAGUGGCAUAACUGCCACGCUGUCGCUAUCGUUGCUGUUCUUUUUGGUCAAUCGCUUGCGGCAGCGCAAGAUGCGCGCACGUGAGAAUCGCCAGAAUGCGGAGGAUCAACGCAGCAUUGUGGGUAGCAUUGGCUACAUAGCGGGUAAUAUGGGCUACAUGGAGGGCAAUUUGAGUGCCAUGGAUUAUUCAUAUGCCGGUGGUGCUACGCAUUAUCCGCUCUGGAAACCGCCAAGUGGUUAUUUUCCACGCGGCGAGGCGCCACCGCCAUAUGAGGAGGCAGUGGCCAUAUCACAGGCGGAGGCCAUGAGCGCGCAGUGCACGGUGGUUACGUUACCCAACAGUCAAUUGCAGCGGCAGGCAAUCACUCAGCAGCAGCAGCAACAAUUGCAACAACAACAGCAACAGUUGCAACAGCAGCAUCUGCAACAACACACGCUGCAGUUGCAUACACAGCCACAACAACAUGCCCACCCACAUGCCUACGCACAGCAACUGGUGCCCGUGCCCGUGAGCGCCGCUGCACAUGCAGCACAUCAGUUAACUGCUGCAGCGGCUGCUGCUGCUACGGCGGCAUCCAAUUACACGCAGAGCACCACAAAUUUGAUAAAUAUCAAUAUAAACAGUGGCAGCGGCGUUACGACUAUUGCCACUGGCGAAAAUCAUCAGCCCCCCUAUAGCCUGCAGAGCGAGCAACAACACUUGUUGGAGCAGCAGCAAUUGCAGCAGCAGCAGCAACUGCAGCAGCAACAGCAACAACAACUGCAACAGCAGCAGCAAAUGCAACAACAGCAAAUGCAGCAAAUGCCAGCGCCCACAUCGAGUAAUUCCAUCUGUGUACAAACCAUGCCCACGCCUAAGCAAAAUGUAAGCAGCGAAUGCAACUAUAAGAACUGUCAUUUAAACAUAAGCGCCAGCGUUAGCAGCGCUGCAGCAGCAACUGCCAGCUCGUUGGCCUAUGCAGUGGCUCGCCGCACGCCACGCGGCUCACAGGAGCUGCUGCAACAGCAGCCGCAACAGCAAUAUCUGACUGUAGCCGAUGUGGAGAUUAACGCCAGCGCCAGCAGCGCUAGCUAUCAUACGCUACCCGCCAGCAGUGCUGAGCUGCAGCAACAGCAGCAGCAGCAGCUGCAACAGCAAUUGCAGCAACAGCAACUGCAGCAACAGCAGCAGCAGCAGCUUAUAGCGGCUGCGCUAUCCACGCCCGCCAUUGAUAUGCUGCCGCCAUUGGAAAUCGCCCCCAGCACUACAGACUCGGUCACACAAACGAUGCCAAUCAAGUCUCAGCAUCAACCCCAGCAGCAGCAGCAGCAGCAGCAGGUUGGCAGCAAGACACCUUCGAGCACGCGGCGCUAUCAACGCAGCAUGCCACGCUACUAUGCCGUUGCCGAUCCGCUGCAAAUGGUGCCCAGUGUAAAGGUCAAGUCCAGCGGCAGCAGCAACAGCAGCUCCACAGAUGCAACCGCCAGCAGCAGCAGCACCAAGCUCAGCAAGAAGCCCAUGUGUCAAUGCCCCAUACAGCAUGUGCCCAUGAGCUACAUGGGCAGCAAUGCCAAUGCCAAUACCAAUGCAUUCCUCAGUGGCGCCGGCAAGCUCUUCACCAGCUCAGGCAAUGCCUGUGCGCUGUCCCCACGCCAUGCCACCACCUUAGCAUAUGGCCAACGGAUCAAAUCCUCCUCCAGCCUGUCGCCACAACAGCCAUCGGACUUGCAGCGCAACGCUUCCGCCCAUGAACCCAAAAUCGCAACCAUUUCCAAGCAGGUGGGCGAUGAGCUGCAGUCGCAUGCCACGCCAGCCAGCAACAGUGUUUCAGCCAUUAUACCUCCGCCGCCACUGCAGCAUCACGAUGAGGUAAAUGCACCGCCCAUCGUGUUGGGACGCGUGCAGAAGCGUUCCAGCGGCAGCAGCGCGGCGGAACGUGCGCGUAGCACCAGUGGCGGACGCAGUGCAGCGUCUGCUGAGAUGCUUACCAACGCGUACUUGAAUCGUAAGGUUGAUGCUUACUUGAGCUUGACGCAGAAACAGCCGCAACAUUAUUAUAAUCAACAGCAGCAGACGACGUUGCUGCAAAGCGAACAAAUCAAUCCAAUUUUACCACCGAAACUCUACAAAAGUUUAACGAAUUUAAAAUCAGCCACAGUCACUGCAGCAACAACAACAGCAGCAGCAACAACGAGCAACUAUAACAACAACAAUGCAGUGGCCACCAUAUAUACGCUAAGUAAAUCCAGCAACAACAGCGUUAAUCUGCAGCGUAAGGAACAAGCGCCCACCUUGACGUUGCCACCCGCCAGUCCAUCCGCCAGCUGCAGCGAGAAAUCAAGCGCUAAAAUUAACUCGAGCACCUUUUACCCCUUGGCCAAUCAUCAUGUAACAUAUACACUGCCCAAACAUAUUAGCGGCAAAGUCUCGCUAAAUAGCACCAUCAAUAGUGUGGUAAGCAAAGUUCCCUCGGUGAUAAGCAUACCGCCGUUGGAGAAUAACAACGAGAAGUUGGCAAUCCAGAGCAAGAGCACCACACUGCCCAAGAUAUUGCGUGUGAAGUCAACAGCAGCUGGAGCAAGCAGCGCCGCCAGCAGCAGCAGCAGCAGCAACACAACAGCAACCACUACCAUUGCCAUGCCCAGUUAUCCGCAGCAGAGUGUGCGCAGCGCCAACAGCACGCCAAGCAAACAGCUGCCUGUUUGCACUACGUCAAAGAAUUGCCUAAAUCCCAAGGAGCAUUUUCUGCCCAACGAUACGAGCCUAGAUGAUGAUUAUCUCAGCGAGUGUGAAAAUUGUAAAAUAGCGCAGAGCGCUAAAUACUACUUGGAUGCGAAUCUAACUGUCAGCAACGCUGCUGCAGCUACGCCACAGGAAACAAUGACGCUGCAACGUAAGAGUCUGGAGGAAACCAAGGAGGAAACACAUGAUAGCUACUAUCGCAGCUCGCACACGCUGCCCAGCAAUGCCAAGAAACUGGGUGCCAGCAAAAACAACAAUCGCGAGGCCUGGCAGUUCUCUACUAUCCCAGCGGCUAGCUCUUCAGAUGAGGACAUCAACGAAUGAGAUUUAAGCCAUUUUCUUUAAGAUGCUACUUACAACAGCAAGCAAACCCAAAACAAUGCCAAACACAAAGAUGCAUCCUAAAGAAAACGUAGGCUUCUUCAAUAUAAACAUAUUGCUCCCAAUCAAAUGACAGCACAAACAAUAUAAACUAGUUAAACGCCACAGAAACCGUUUUCAAGUACUAAUUCGUUUCUAUUGUAUAAAUAUAAGCACUAGCCUAACUAUAGCUAACAAAUUGUAUAAUCAAACUGCAUAUAGCUAUUUAUGACAGAUGUAUGUACAUAUAUAU